UUCCUGCUCCAGCCUCUUCACCUCCUGCAGACGCAGUAAGGAACAUGCACAUCAUGGAGGUGGUGGUUUUUGCUGUCGUGCUGCUGGUUUUUACAGGAUGCAAUGCACAGUCAGAUGUCUGUGGCAUUGCACCGCUCAACACUAAGAUUGUUGGGGGGGAGGCUGCUGCUGCAGGCACGUGGCCCUGGCAGGUCAGCCUGCACAGGAACUCCAGACAUAUAUGUGGAGGCUCUCUGAUCAACAACCAGUGGGUGCUGACUGCAGCUCACUGCUUCUCCAGCUCCAGCACUUUCAGUUACACCGUGUAUGUCGGAAGGGACACCCAACAACUCUUCAACCCAAACGAGGUGUCCCAGACCCUGUCACAUGUCAUCAGACACUCAGGCUAUGAUUCAACCACAAGCGAUAAUGACAUCGCCUUGUUGAAGCUGUCCGCACCUGUGACCUUCACAGACUACAUCAAACCCGUGUGCCUGGCCAAAGACGACAGCACGUACGCUGCCGGGGCGACCUGCUGGGUCACCGGCUGGGGAACCAUCCGGAGUGACGUUUCACUCCCGUUCCCUCAGCGGCUGCAGGAGGUGAGCGUCCCCAUUGUGUCCAACACGCAGUGUAGUGCCUCCUAUGAUGCCAUCACAAGCAACAUGAUGUGUGCAGGUCUGGAUGAGGGAGGAAAGGACUCCUGCCAGGGGGACUCUGGCGGCCCCUUUGUGAGCAAAAGCGGCUCCAGGUGGGUUCAGGCCGGAGUGGUGAGCUUUGGAAAAGGCUGUGCUCUGGCCAACUACCCAGGAGUGUACACCCGAGUGUCUCAGUACGAGUCCUGGAUCAACGCUCAGAUCAACAGCCCGGACAACAGCACCCAGCCGGGCUUCGUCACCGUCACAGCGGACGGGUCGUCCUCUGGAAGCACUCGUCUGGUUCCUCUCUCUCUGCUGCUGUCCUGCCUACCCGUCCUCUUCUCUCUCUUUGUGCUCUCAUAGGACGUCUAGAGGUCAUUAAUACGCAUGUAAAGCGUCAUGAAUCGCUGCUUCUCAUUCUUUAAAACAACCAAAAUAAUCUGCACAUAAAGUGAAAUAUUUUAAUUUCAAGGAAUUUCCCUGAACAAUUUAUGGAAGUCCUCAGAAGCAAGUGAGAAUUUCCUUUCUGGUGAUCCAAAGUCUGUGUUUUUUUUAAGGCCAUCUUGGGAAAAAAGUUUGCUUGGUAAAGAAAAUUCCCCCCAAAAAUGUUCAACUAUAUAAAUAGAUAGUUUUAUAGGGUUACUAUUUUGUAACCCUAGAAGCUAUUUUCAGCGACAAUAGGCUGAGAUUGAACAUUAGCCAAUAAUAUUAGGAUUAAAAUCAUUCAUGUAUUCUCCCAGGGUAGUUUUAGAGUACAUCAAGACAUUGCACCUGGAAGAAAACAAGAUUCCUUUUAAUUAAAUUAAAACAAUACACACUUAGACAAAUUAUCCUGACAAAAAAAGUCCCCUGCUUAAAUUUCUAUUCUCUCCUAUUCUUAAAUCAUAAUUACAGGAGAGAAGACAUUGUAGA